UUGCGCGGGGCUGACUGAACCCGGGAUGUUCUUUCACGUACUCAGUUUUUGCUUUCAUCACUUUUUGUGCCGAGCUGUGGUGAGGAUUGAAAAGCUGUUUGUAUAUCAACACGUUUUUUGUUUUUUUUUUUUUUUCCUUCUUUCCUCCAUGAGUGGGCCAAACCUCCCUGCCAGUGCGCAUCUCUACGUUCAACACACAAGAAGAGGAAGAAGAGGUGGGACAUCCAAAUGGUAUUUAUAGCAUUAAUCAGGGUUCACAUAAGGAAUCUGAGGUUGGACUGAGGACGUGGUUUGAUCUGCGAUAGCUACAAAGGAGCGAGAAGAACAGGUGUCAUGGAUUUAACAGAGGCAGACAGUCAGAAUAAUGAACUGGUGCCACAUAAAGGCUUCUUAUUAAUCAAAGGGACUCAUGAUCCAGACGAUGUGGACCAGAUCAGCAACCUGGAGAUCAGGGACUCGGAUGUGUUUGUGGUCACAUACCCAAAAUCAGGGACCAUCUGGAUGCAGCAGAUCCUCCUGCUCCUGGAGGCCAAGGGAGAUGUGACGGCCAUCAAUAAAUUCAGUAACUACUCCAACGCUGACCUCGUCCCCUGGAUUGAGGUGAUUGGCACUAGAGAGGCGUUCAUCACGGCGCCCUCACCCAGGUUCAGGGUCACCCAUCUGCUGCAUCAAUUCAUGCCGUUGGCUCUGAGACAGAAGAAAGGCAAGGUUAUCUAUAUUGCAAGAAAUCCCAAAGAUGUCCUUGUGUCUUACUUCUACUUCCACAAACUUGCAACCAUGCUGGAAACACCAAAGGAUUUUGAUGACUUCUUUGAGAAAUUCAUGAGAGGAGAUGUGUUUGGAGGCAGGUGGUUUGACCACAUUAAAACUUGGUAUUCUCACAAGGAUGACAUGAACAUACUCUUCAUCACUUAUGAAGAAAUGAUUCAAAAUCUGCAGUCAGCUGUAGAGAGGAUUUCCUUGUUCCUGGGUAAAGAGCUGACGGAUGAACAGUUAGCGAGUGUGGUGGAGCACAGCACCUUCAAGAACAUGAGGAAGAUCCCUCAGGCCAACUACGAGCAGGUUUCAGAUGACCUGCUCAACCACCAUGUGGGAACAUUCAUGAGAAAAGGCACAAUCGGUGACUGGAAGAACCACUUCACCGUGGCCCAGAAUGAACGGUUUGAUGAGGUCUUCCAGAAGGAGAUGAAAGACUUCCCUUUGUCCUUCAUCUGGGACAUCAGAGACAUUGCUUGAUGAGAUGUUUGUCCCAUAACAACACAAAGAAGAACAUACUCGCGGUUGCAGCUUCAACAUUAUCUUACACAGACUAAUUACUAUUCAUCUCUCUGGGUUUCUGCAGGUUUUAACAAGUUCAGUGUAAGACCUUUCAGCAGGUUUAUGACAACUUUUGCAACUGUUUGGUUUUGUUUGAGACUGAUUAAUACGAUAUCUAUGUUGACAUAAUAGAAAAUCAGAGCUAAAGGUCUGACAGCCUGUUAAAGGGACCGCACAUUUUUUCUAGUUUCAUAGAUUAAGUGUUGUUUCUGUAAUAAACUGCAUUAGUUUACGAUUCUAGAGUCUUCUUUGGACUUCAGAGCUGGAAUGUGAAGUAAAUACUCAUUCCAUUUUCUGCAGCUUUAUACUUUUACUCCACUACACCUCAGAGAUAAAUGUACUUUUUUUUUUUUUUACUCCACUUUAUUUGUCAGAUUCGAGUUUUUCUUCACUUUCCUGUCCUGUGAAAACCACAUAUCUCCACAUGUAUUGAUUGUAAGUGUUUGUGAUAAACUGAAGGAUGAAGCGUUUUCUUUAUAGAUUGAGUUUCGCCUGAAUUUGCAGAAAAAUUCAAUGUGAUGAAAUUGAAAACAUUCAUGAUUUUCUAAUGUAAAUGUGUGGUUAUGUGGUUCUCACAUGACACUGAUGCAACAAACAUGAAAUAAUUUUAUUGAAUAUGAUGCGUCACUGCAGAUUAAACCACAAACAGUUUCUAAAGUUGAUCAAAUGAGCUCAAACAUAUACAUAUAGAGCUGUAAAAUGAAUCCAAAUGCAUAGUAAAACACUGACUGGGAUCAUUUUAUUAGAAUUUCCAUGCUUAAAGUACAUUUUACUGAUAAUACUUUCAUAUUUUUACUUGGGGCGGAGUAUUUUCACAGUGUGCCAGUAGUGCUUUUACUUGAGUAAAGGAUCACAAUACUUCCUCCAUUACUAAUUUCAAGAGAAAUGACUGCAUUGAAAAUGAAUUCACUGAAAGUAAAUGUGUUUAAUUAGUAACAUUGUGCUAAAUCAUAUAAUAUAAUAUAAUAUGUUUGUAAAUUAAUUACUGAUGUAAAAUGCAUUUUACAAUUACAGUUAAGUCUACUUAACUGUAAUUGAAUAAGUUCAGUGUGUAAUAUUUAUGGGUAUUUAGGAUGAUCUAUUGCAGAAGUGGAAUAUAAUAUUAAGAAUUGUGCUUUAAUUGGUGUAUAAUGAACAGAAAUAACAAGUUAGAAUGAGCUGUUUAUAUGCACAGAGGGAGCAUGGAGACCACCAUGUUUCAACUGUAGCUCCAAAUACAUUUAAAUUAUUUAUUUAGCAUCAGGUGGUAUUAAUGUGAAUUACCUGAAUCACCUACCAGAUUUUUGCAGAGCAUUAUACGGGUUAGGUGAUGUACCCGAGCCAUUUUGUGCAACAUCUAAACCUAUCUAUUUAAUAGAUUGAAUGAUUUCUUUACUAGAUUUUCUUUUAAGCUUUUUGUUUAUUACUUUUAUGUGCACACAGACCUGAUAGUAAUGGAUAAAAAUGAUGUGAAAUUAUACAAAAAAAUUAAAAUAUACUUAAUUUGGACACUUGUGUCUUUAACAAACUUAGGUAAGAUCCUUGAACCUGGCAGCGCCUAAAUCACAUGAAAAGGUCACAAAUACCCGUCUUGCUAUGUUUUAGUCUGAACUAAAAUUUCCUAGACUAAUUGGAAUCUGCAAUUUUACCACUAAAUGUCACUAAAUAUCCUAAAUAUCAUGCACUGAACCUUUAAGAAUAUCCAUGUUUGUACUAGACUUUUUUUUAUACAGAGGAACAUUAAAAAAAUAUUAUUUUCAUAGUACUUUUACUUAAAGAUCUCAAUCCAUACUUCCACCACUAUAAAUGACUUGACCAAAAACUGUAACAAAACAGUUGUGACAUAUUGACUAAUAAUGUGAAUGUAUGUAAUGCAAAGACAUUUCUGUAAAUCUGUUUGUUUGUUUUUUUUGUUUAGCAUAUGUACAUGCAGUUAUUGGACUAGUCUGGACAUCAGGACCUGGACUGGAUUAGAUUAUGGACUUUAGACUGCCUUUUUCCAACCUCUAUCACCUUGCCGUCCUACUCCUGUAUAUUCAUGUAUAGUGAACGAUAGCAACAGGUGUUUGGACGUUUUCAUGUAGAAUGCAGUUGAAUCCAUUUAUAUGUGUAUUUAUGUAUGAGUUUACCUCUAAAUCACACAUUGCCUGGUGUAAAUUAUAUUUUUACAUGACACUGUAUGCUAUAAAGGCACAGUCCUUGUACACAACUUUAUAUGAAGACAUUAAACAUGAUACAUUUGAGAAUUAUGUCUUA